AUGGCUCGUCUCCGCCUCACGCAGGCACUCGUCGCUUCCGACGUCGCCGCCUACAGGAAAGCCACGCAGUCGGCCUUUCUGCGCGACGCCGCGCGUGGAGAGGUAUCCAAGCAUCUCCUUGGCCGGUGGCUCGCCAACGACCGACUGUACAUUCACGGCUACAUCAAGGGCGUCGGCCGCCUGCUCAGCUUCCUGUCACUGCCCGAGGCGGUGCCCGAGGCCAGGGCCGAGCGCAAGACGCCGGCUACGCGCCUCUUGUCGUGGAUGAUUGAUGCGCUCGUCAACAUCCGUCGCGAGGAGGCCUUUUUCGUCGACACGGCCGCGGCGUUUGGCAUCCCGCUUGAGGGUUUGCGCCGCUUCGAGGCCCUCUUUGACGGACUGGCGCCGGGCGACAGCGGGGUCCUGCCGUGGCUCGAGUGCGCCGUCGUCUACUACGGAACGGAGAGGUGCUACCUGGAUGCCUGGUCGUACGCCCGGUCCCACCUGAAGAGCGACGCCGACGUCUCGGGCGACUUGGACGGCGGAGCGGUGCGCAGGGAGUUUAUUCCCAACUGGACGUCGGCCGAGUUUGUCACGUUUGUAGACGAGCUGGGCGACAUUAUUGACGAUGCGGUGGACCAGCAGGUGGCGCUCCACGGCGAGAGCAUCCGAUCGGACUUGAUGGAGCGGUCCCUGGUCCAGUGGCGUGCCCUGCUGGCGGCCGAGGAAGCGUUCUGGCAUGUGACGGAGGGACGAGAUGCCGACUGUUGUUGA